GUAAAACGGAAACCAAAAGAAGGAAGCAGGUCUCGAUGGUUAAGAAGUUCGUAUUCUUGCGUUUAUUGUUGCAUUUACCCUGAAAUCCUCAUACUUCAGUGGGAUUCAAAACAUUAAAAUAUCUUUCCUUCUUCGUGUCCUGGUGAGAUCGUAAACGCCCGAGGUAGCUUAGCUUGCUAGCGACGACGUUAGCGAGACAUCGCAAAGCAGAGCUCGCGUGUGAGCGUCGUGCCAAAAAUGUGUAAAGUCGAAAUGCUGAGAGCGUUGCUCAAUCAGCGACUGAGUGCAGCCGUCGAAGAAAUAUUUGUCGUUUUUGAAAGAACGAUAGCAGAAUACGAGGACGAACUUUGUCGGACGAAAGAGGAAAACGAGCGACAACGUCAUCUCCUGGACGCAGUUUUCAAGAAGCCUCAAGUUGUGUUACACAAAUCGGGCCUCAGUGAUGAAGAUGUGCCCCCUUCGCUGCAGGAGCGGUGCUUCAUCGUGGAGCAGCAGGAGCCCGAUCCCCUCCAUGUUAAAGAGGAAAAGGAGGACGUGUGGAGCAGUCAGGAGGGCGAGGAGGGGCAAGGGCUGGAGCUGCCUUUGUUUCGUGUCGUCGUGAAGAGUGAGGAUGAUGAAGACGAGCCUCGCUCCUCACAGCUUCAUCGCAGUCAAAGUGAGAGCAGAACAUCCCAAGCGGACAGCCUCUUAGCUCCACUGUCAAAUAGUGAUGACACAACAUCACACUCUCUUGACACUGACGACGAACACGCUAAAGGUGAUGUGACAUGUCACAGUCACAACACGCAUGUGAGAUGUUCUGAUUGUGGGAAAAAGUUAGGUGACAAUGACACGAGAUGUCACGCUCGAGAAAAACCCUUCAUUUGCUUGGUGUGCGGAAAAGGAUUUUCUCGAAAUGAGCAUUUGACCACACACACCAGAACACACACGGGAGAAAAACCAUUUAUCUGCUCAGUUUGUGGCGGAAGAUUCUCCCAGAAGGGCAGUUUGAAGAAACACAUGAGAACGCACACCGGAGAAAAGCCAUUCAGCUGCUCGGUGUGCACUAAAACAUUUAGUGAUAGUUCGGCAAUGAUGAGGCACUUGAGAAGACAUACCGGAGAGAAACCUUUUACCUGCUCCAUGUGCAACACCAACUUUACUCAUCGUUCAGCUUUGGUGACCCACUUGAAAGUGCACACUGGAGAAAAACCCUUUCCCUGCUCCGUUUGUGGUAAAAGGUUCUCUGUAAAGACACAGUUGACACGACACAUGAAAAUACACACUGGCGAGAAAGUGUUUAGUUGCGGCGUGUGUCAUGAAGGAUUCUUAUACAACUACCAGCUUGCUAAACACAAGUGUCCUGGUGUGAAGUGUAGCAGUCGUACCAAUGAAGCUGCAGGACUAUAAAAAAUAAAAUGGAGCAGCACGGGGAUAUUUCUUUUUGUACAUACCACAGUGUCCUCACACUCCUAACACCCUAAUAGCCAAAUUAAAUUAAAUAAAUUAAAUAUUAUAAGGACCACAACAGUGGUUACUAUAUCAAGUUAUACCAUAGGCUGAAUUUAGACUGCAGGUCAAAGUGCCCAGUUCCAAUUUACAGUUUGCUAAAUUGCCUUUCACCUACCGUGCCCACUUUUUUUAUGGGAGGUUCAUAUCUACAUGUCUGUGUCGGAAAUCCUAUUUAUAUAUAUACAUAUACAGAGCGAUCGUUCUUAUGGGGUUUUACAGCUAUCAAAUACUGUACAUUAUUUAAAAAAUAUGGAUUAUUAUUAUAUGUAUAUAAAAUUAUUUACAUUGAAGCAAUCUGGCAGGAUUUUCUCUUGAGCUCUGAUGAGCUGGUCAAACAUUCUCGGACAGAAAACUUAGUUUAAUUUUAAGCCUUACGAUAUCGAGGCUGUUUUGUAUAAAUUACUUGAAAGUGGCAAAAAAAAUAAUUCUGACAUUAAAUAUACAGUAUUGGAAAUAAAAGCUUGUAUUUUUUAAGUGAAGAGAGCAGAACAUAGAAUUAUAAUUCUAUGUUAAUUAGAAAUAGUUAGAAUUUUCUGUUUUUAGAUGUUUACAUUUUAUGUUUAUGUAUUGAGUUAGUUUAGAUUAAAGAUUUGCUUGUUGGCUCGUGAGCGAAGUUAACUAGCACCCACAAAGCAAGCCGUCAUUGAAACGACGUCUUUUCUACAUUAUGGUCUGCUGUAAAAAAUAAAUAAAUAAAACGUGCGAGAGAUCAUUGGUGGGUGAAGGAUGGAUGUUUUUCUGACAUCUUUUUAGGGCGUCUUCAAGGCAUCCAGUUAAGACUUCUCCAGGAUGUCUACGAGGUUGAAAUAUAGUUUAAAAAUGAUGUCCUCAUGACGUCUGAUAUUGAUCAAAUGAAAAUCUAUAUAUAGAAAAUUAUUUAAAAUGUUGACCAAAUUCAUGAUGUUUGAUAUUAUGUAUGAAAUAGUUUCACACAGCUUUCAAAAUAAAUUUGAAUAAAAGUUUAUAUUUAA